AAACGGAAGAGCUAGCGGCUGACGAAAAUUCCGAGCAAGAUUUUUCUAAAAGCCAGAAACUCGUACUUUGUGGGAACAAUGAAGUCGUUCAAUCAACCAGCGAUCAGGCACAACAAACCACACCUGAUAUACAUCAACGUUAUUUAGUAGAAACAAUAACAAUGACGACAGUGACGGAGCGGCGAAUUGUCCGUGAAAUAAGUGAAGAGGAAUCCUCUGUGAUGAACGAGGUCAAUCGUGUGGAGAAAAGGGAACGGUCUCUUGACGAACCGAAGAAGGAGGUUCGGUCAAUCGAGGAAAAAGAGGGAAAUUCCGUGAGAUUCGACGAGGCGUCUUCAGCAUCUUCGGAUACACCCGACGUAACGGAGGUUUCUUUGACGUUCAAACUGGGCAACGUGUCUUUGGUAACUAACAGCUUGAAGCCAAAUUCCGCCGUGCGACAACUUUUUCCCGAUCCACGGUUCAUAUCCCCACCACCGGCGCCGACGAAGGGAACGAUUGCGACGAUGGAUACCUCAGGGGACGGUAUGGACUCGGAUGCCCAGAAAUUUCUUGUAACUACCGAAAGUUUGCGUCUGUUUGAUGCUGUCAAACGGUCAAAGAUAGCAAGCAGCCGGAGCGAUUCUUCUGAGAGUGAGUCCUCAGGAAUGAAGAAAACAACAAUCGAACGAAACGCCCUCAGGAGAAGUCUCGUGUGCAAAUACGAUUCUAGCUCGAGAAGGAAUAGUCUACGAACGAAAGAUCUAACCUUAGAGGAGAGGAUCAGACAGCUGACGUGCGUGGACCAGGACGAGCAGGAAGUAGAAGAUGGCACGUCCGAGAAUACGAUGGCUGUCGAUGCUAAUGAAGCCGGGGAAACCAGCGAAAGCUGCCAUGCGGAAAUGACGAAUAUCGCUGAGAUUGAGCAAUUUCCGGAAAUGGCGGAUUGCAUGGACUUCCCCGUACGGACCUCACCUUCCGGGGAGGAGCGACCUAAGGUUGCUGAUCUCACGGUUCGAACAUCGAACUCCCAAGAACGUGAAUCUGCGAGCUGCUCCGUCCAAGGGAACGUGCAUCACCAGUCCACAUACAGGAAACUUACGGAUCUCUUUGCUCAAAAGAAGACAGUUGAGGGCAACUUACCGGAUCUCGCAAUCGGGAACAAGAUGAUGCAGUCAAAGGAGUACUCCUUGAAAACGUCGGUCAUCAAGAUGAAUUCCGACGCUCGGAAACAGUUCCUUGCCAGCUUGGCGCCGUUAUCUUGUGUCGGUUCCACUGGCGAGAAUCGAGAAGAUUAUUAUCAACUCUCAACAAAAGCGAAUAACGGCGGGAACCGAGAUUCCACGAGUUGCAAUUCGGAUUCGUCGUAUAGUGUAGAGGAUAUAGAAGAGGGGCUGCGGGGGGAGGAACGAAAUCGUAAGAAUGGUUCGGGACCCGGGCCGGGUCCGCCAGAUGUUACCAGGGGCACCCCGAUUGGCACGGGUCCGGAUUGUGCGGACACUACUGACGAGCUUCUCGCCUUUGUAGAGCAGGACAAGUCUAGAACAGAACGAAUCAAAAGGCGUUACAAUGACGUCGAGGACCGUCAUGAAAAUGUUAGCAGCGAAAGCGAUGUACACCGUGGAGAUGGGGAUGACGGCGACGAUGACGACGAAUUGAACGAUUACGGUUUUAACCGGCGACCAUCCGUUCGGGGGAUCAAGACUCAAUUUGACACGACCCAGGAAAUCGUCCAUCAACUCAGAUCUCGUGGAGCUGCACCUAAUUCUUUCCCUAGUCCGCUCACCUGGCCCUGUCCUGAGAAGAAUGGCGAGAUCCUGUUUUCCGAAUGCAACGAGGAGGACUCGAAGACUUGCGGACCGCUGGGUGUUAGUGGUGACGCAAAUACAAUAAACAGGAUAAACACUAUGCAAAAGCAGAUCGAUGACAUCUACCAAACCAUAGCGGAGACUGCGGCGAGUGUACAGGGCACCUUGGAUCGAGGAACUUGCGUAGACACAGACUCACCCAGACCUCUGAUUCGCGUCCCUCUGAUGGACGGGUGUCAGCGGUUCGGCGACGUUAAGAACGUUCUGAGAUUCCAAGACGGACAGCAAUUGACGCCGCCCAGGACGUUACGGGUUGCUGGUAACGGAGACGGCUCUCUGGGGCCGAUGUAUAAUAGCUUACCCGCAAAGGCCCGACGUGCGCCGAGUGUUCCAGCUGCGCCGGGUGUACCGCAAGCCGCGCAAGCAAUGGCUAUCUCAAACUAUCACUACGGCGUGGUGCCGCCUUCUGCGGACACUAAGUGCUACAGAACCAUGUAUUUUGUACCCUAUAACGGCAUCUCCGACCCCACCUACCAGAACAUUCAAAGGAUUCUGCCUCACAUGGCGCCUCAUACCUCGCCAUCCAACUACGCAAAUCACAUUGAACGGUACCCCUAUUCUCGAGGAACCAGACCAUUGGACCAGCAGACUAGGUUUCGUCGACCACCCGCACCCCUGCCGCAGCUCCAUUCACAGCUUCAUACGCAGUUGCACUCGCAGCUGCAUUCGCAACCUCUACAUCUGCACCUCCAUCAAACCGAGGAGUUCCGAGUUCCGGGGGCGCCGAUAUCAAUUCCGCGCGGAAUUCAUCCAUUGCACCACGCGCAACAUCAGCACCAUCAGGUAACCCCCUACAGUGCACAGGCUAUUCCUGUCUACUCUGUGGUUACACCCACUAGGGUGUCCGCGCCUGUAGGUGGUUACUCCUACCAGUCGCAUCCAGGGCCUGGCGGCCGAGGGGCAACGGACGUGCAGACUCAGACAAUGUCUUUCCCGGCUUGCGCCUCUCUCGCUGUCUAUGACGCGGCUAGUGCGUCUCCGUCCUCUUCCUCGCCCACGAAGCACCAACAGCAGCAGCGCACAAGCGCCUGCACUGUCGCAGAACGUGGCGUCCCCGAGGGUGCCGUUAGUGCACCCUCACACGACUUCUUACGGAACGGCCCCAUCACCACCUCUCACUCAGCCGUCGACUCCUUCUUGGACCAACCGGGUAACCUGCCGCCUCCGAACACACAGAACUCUGUUUAUUACGCCAUGAACGUCUAAUCUUCAUGGCAUAGGCUUUGUCUUGGCGACGCGCGAUGUGAACGGUAGCUAACAAGUAUGGUAUUUUACACUGUUUGAACGGAGUGGAGUUAGAAAACGGAACGUACCCCUUCUAACCACCAAUGGGUAUUUCGAGUUCUAAGUAUUCCAUACACAAUACCAAGUACUUAGCUGUAGUUUUGUGAGUCAUUAUCGACGAAUCCACACCGAUUGCCUAUUCGUCCAAACCACCAAAUAAACUAUACCCUUAUCGCGCUUUAAGAAAUUUGUCGUAUUUCCACCAUUUUUAUAUACAACAUUUUGUAACAUCCAAACAAUAUUUCCUGGUGACCAUCAAGUUUUAAUGAAAUAUCCACACCUUGCUACAUAUCGAGUGUACACCAUUGACAUCGAUCGGAUUUUUUUCUCGGAGAGGUUGUAUACAAAUUAAUGGAAAUAUUUCUCUGAAAUUUCUCAACGGUGCGUGAUGCAUUGCCAAACGCUGCUUCUUGUAGCAUUUGGUUUCGUCGUAAAUUUGACUAGAUGAUUCCUGAAAUUCGGUAGUUUGGAUUGGUUAAGCUUUCGGUAUUGAGUAAAUAAGUAAAUAAUGGAGCUUAUGAGGAAUCGUGCCCCGUACACGAACUGCGACGAUAAAAGCCGAGGAAGUUUUUAAUCGUUAGUGUUGUGCCAAAUGUAGGCCAAAUGAUGUACGUCAAAGAACCGCAGUUUCGCAACCGGUGGAUCGAAUAUUUCGAUUCUACGUCAGGGUAUACGUUAGGGAAUUAAUGUCAUGCGUUAAUUGAUGCGCCUUUAAGGCGAUAUGAAUGUGGCAUUUGAAGGAUCAUUUGUUGGUGAAACUAUCCGCCGAACUGGGUGUACCGAAUCGUUUCAAACUUUAC